AUGGAAGGCCGGGAUUUAGCGGCUCCGGCCCACCUCCUCUCGGAGCGGGGCGCCCUGGUGCACCGAGCCACCUCUCGGAUCGCCCCCUCCGGCCACAGCUCCGUGCAGCACGCCGGUCACUUCCCCGCGGGGAAGUAUUACCCGUCACACAUACCGAUGGCUCCCCACUCAGGCAGCGGAUUGAUGGGAAAUUCCUCGGCCUCCUUCAUGGGGACCUUUUUGGCUAGCAGUCUGGGCUCUCCCCCUUCCCACCCGUCACACCAUUCCCGGCCGCCUUCCUCGCCUUCCUCGCCCUCCUUCCGGGGCGGACCCCAUGCCAGCGCGUCGCAAAUCUGGUUCUCUCAUUCGCAUGAAGACCCCGGGUAUCCCCGGUUCUCAGGGAGUUUGGCCCACACUUUUCUUCCCAUGAGCCACUUGGAUCACCACGCCAAUAGCGGAGUUCUCUAUGGUCAGCACCGUUUCUACGACACUCAAAAAGAGAACUUCUACAUUCGAGGCCUCCCAUCACAGCCACCUCUCAUCUCAACUAAUCACAGUCUGCCACCAAUGACGAGGGCGGGCUCGACUCUCCCCCAGGGGCCUUGCAGCAGAGAAAGAGAUCCAGGCGGUGGAACCAGCCUGCUGAAGAGUCUUAAAGAAGGAACUGUGGAAAGGGGUGUGGGACCUGUCAAAGACAAGGAGAGGUCAAAUAGCAAACAGGAGGCAAAGGAAAGGCAACAACAACAGCAACAUCAACAACAACAGCAGCACCACAGCCACCAGACCGGCCAGCCCACGCACCACCAUCACCACCAUUCCCACACGCAUCAGCAACACCCACACUAUCCACAACACCCACUGCCCUUGGAGGAGAUCAACAGCCGGGCCUUGGAGAGGCACAAGGCAUCGCUACCAAUGGAAUACAAUAAGGAUCCACAAAUGAUGGGCAAGCCCUUGAGCGCUUGCUUGCACAAUGGCAAGAUGCAAAAUGGAGAGACGGGAAAUGUGGGCGGGCCCAAGACAUCGAUGUCCACUUGCGGAGGGGAGGGCGCGGCCCUCGGAACUAUCGGCGGUGCAGGGAACGGUCACGGCCGACAUUUGGGCUCGGGCGGAAAUAGCCGCUGCACCAAAGAGGGGAUCAGUGGAGAGAUGCGCAUCAGUGAGCAACCCUCAGAUUGCUUAGAAAGGGGCCAGGCACCACUACAUCACUCCUUGUCUUACCCCGUACCCCCGCCCUUACAGUUGGCAUCUUCUGGAGGGACACACCCCCAUCCACAUCCACACACUCACCCCCAUACGCACGCACACCCAGGAGGCUUUCACUGCCUUCAACUUCACCCGAGCCAUCCGCACCAUCCGCAUCCUUCCCACCAUGCUCACCACCACCCGGAAUUCUUUUGCCCGCCCCCUCCCGCCCCGCUAGGUAACACUGCCUCGCAAGCAAACGCAGGGCGUGAAGCUAAAAUCACCGGGCCUACCUUUGUGCCAUCUGUGGCGGACGCAGGGGAUAAACACGGCGGGCCGUUCCAGCUCGGCAACUCCGACUGCCAGAUUAUAGGCAACGGAGGUGGAAAUACUAAGGACAAAAAUAUGGACAAAAAUGGAAGUGGCGGACACCACAGUAGUUGGCAUAGAAAACAACAACAGCAGCAGCAACAGCAACAACACGCAUACAGAAAGUCAGAAAAGGCUCCGGACUGGAUGCAAUCGCACCACCAUCAUCUCCAAGCCUCCCAGCUUCCUCCACCUAUUCAGCAACAACAACAAGCACCUCCACAACCCCAGAAGCAGCACCAGGUUGCACGUUCACGCAGUGUUGAGUGUGUCAACAGUGCUGUCGACAUGGACAUGUUCAGACCCUCUUUGCCCCAGGGACCGAAGAGCGGACACUCUGUCCCACAUUCUGUCAACACUUCUCCUUACAGAGACUGUUCUCAUCCAGGACCCCCACCAAAUUCCUCCCCUCUGGGAAACAAAAACAUGAGUCAGCACAGUGGCCCUGGCGGUAGCUGCUCCUUACAGAGAGACGGGCAAAAAGUAGCCAGGAUUCGCCACCAGCAGCACGGACGACCCGGCACGGAUGCUAUUUCUCCGGGCGAGCUAAACCAGGAGAUGAAACGAAAAAUGGACAUGUCCGCUUACGCUUACAACGGAGGGCAGCAGCAGCAGCACCACCAGCAGCAGCAGCAACAGCCUCCAGUGCCGCAGUGGGCUAUGAGACCCCCUCAGCACAUGCCACACAAUGAGGAAGAACAGAGAAAGUCCUACAUGGAGUUAGGAAGCAGUACUAUGCAACAUUCACAGCAACAGCAGCAAAGAAUGAAUCCGCUUCCUCAGCCAGCGCCUGCACCUCCUGUCAGUCGGCAACAGCCGCAACAACAACAACAAUCUGAGCCUCAGGGCUCAACUCGAGGGGAGAGCAGUGCCAUGAAAAGCUUACUCAAGUAUAGCAAUCAGCAACAGCCUCAGCUCCUCUCUCAGAAGACCCCCUUUGGCGGUCUGGGAAGCCUGAAAUCAGGGCCCGCCGGGGGAAGCUGCGCCCUUCAGAUUAACAAGCAGACUACUCUACCCACAAGAAAGGGUCCCGUUAAUGACAACGAGCGUCCCGAUUACAGCGGACGACAUCGGGAUAUCGGCGAAGCGGGUCACGGGGAAGGCGAGGUGCGGCAGCCGCCGGUCGGAAUCGCCGUGGCAGUGGCCCGACAACGGGAACCGUCGUGUCGCUCGUCGGACGCUCAUUCUGCCGGCAGACACGGCAGGGUGCAUCCCACCGUUAAAGGACCAGCCCACAGCAUGUAUCCCUCAGAUCCCGCUACUGAGCAAGAGAGGAAAAUGAUGAGCGGGGAACAGUUAGGUCUGACGUGUUUGGACAGGGACCGAGACGCAUAUAUCAGAGAUAAUAAGGAGAGGGUGGAGUUUUCAAGGAUUCAUCCCUCCAGCAGCUGUCACGGGGACCUGACUUCUCAUCUUAUGGUCCCUGGCGGGACUUCCCUCCAAUCUGGCCAAUUAGCAGACCCUGCUGCACAUUCUGCUCACCAUCACUGGAUGCCAAGAACUGGAAGCCCGUCCCUUUGGAUGACAGGGCACUCUUAUGCUGGUAUAGGUCAUACGGCCCUGCACCAGAACCUUCCUCCCGGUUUCUCCGCCGCCAUGCCAGGGCCCCUCCAACCGGUCCUGCCCCUGCCUCAAGAUCCUUCCGCCCAGUUGGUGGUCCUGCCCACGGACGCCCCUAACCAUCCUGCACCCCACCACCUUGAUGUGAUGGAACAGCCGGGGCUUUGGCCCCCAGUGUACGGCGCCCGGGGCCCAGCCUCCCACAUGCAGCAUCCUGGCGUGUACUCUCGAUCCCAGUUUCUACGGCAACAGGAGCUGUACGCGCUUCAGCAGCAUCAGCAGCUCCAGCACCAAAGCCACCAACCACAGCAAACGCACGCACAGCCUCAUCAAGCCCAGCAGCAGCAGCAGCAGCAGCAGCAGCAGCAACAACAACAGCACAAAUCUGUGCACGGCUUGGAUAUGCAACACCAAGCCCUUCACAAUUCACAGAUGCAGAAAAGGACAGAUGAAGCGACCGUUGACUUGGAGGAACUCCUCCCCAAACAAAGGCCAUCUAAAGCAUCUAAGCCCUAUUCUUACAACCCCCCUCAAAGGAACACUUCGCCCGCCGGAGCCUGCGCCGCUCACUUAUCCCCUUGUUGCCAGUCCCCUUCCAUGCGUCCGCAUCCCAAAAGCACCCCUUCCACACCUUGCCCCGCCCCCAGCCCCGCCGUCACGGCCCCCCACUCGCCGACAAUUAGCCCGGCCCCGUCCCAGAUGCCCAAAGGGGCCGACCCCCAGGAUAAGCGAGGGGAAGGCCAGCCUCCGCAAGAUUACCCGCAAUCUUUGGAGCCUGACCUGCCUCCUGGAUACACCUAUUCUGCUGUCACAAUGGGCUACAGGAACGGGCCAUCUCCGCAGGAUAUUCAGCUGGCGGAGCCGGCCGACCUGGAAGCCAUCCAAUCCGAGCCCUCCGAGCACACUCCUCGGUCUCUCGCCGGCCUGGGCGAGGGGCUGGAAUGCCGAGCGGUGGUCACGCCUCUCCCCGAGCCGCUCGCGCCCAAGGAAUUGGAGCAGGCUGACCAGGGGAGCAUCAUCGAGGGAGUCCUGGACCAGAGGGAGGAGGCGGAGGCAGCGGUGGUGACCGUAGCCAACUAUGGCUCCGGGGAUAACGAGGUGGAGGAGCAAGGGCCCGCAGAGGAAGAGGUUCUCGUCUGCCCCCAGGUUGACAGUCCGGUGUGCGAGGCCGCUUCUUGUCCGGUGCCCCUUUGCGCGGAUCAACCCGAAAGAUCGGAUGCUGUCAUCACCCUGGACGAUGAUGAUGAGCCUAUGGUUCAGGAGAGCCAGGUGGAGCAUGUUAUGCCAGAAGAGCAGAAGCCGGUACCGGACACCUUGGAACUGAACCCCGGAAUCCCCGCAGCCGUUGAGGAGCAACUCGCAUUUCCGGAAGAUGUAAAGGAAGGCAACAAGCUAGCCGCUGACAGCGCCUCGUCGGAUACGGCACAUCUUUCCCCUGACGCGUCGUCCGUCCCUAGCCCGAGCCUAGCGACCGCCACGGAAUCCCAGAAACUUACCGUGCCCUGCUACUGGAGCCUGGAGCUGCUCAUUGCCGCGGCUUUCUGCACAGACGUGCCGCCGUUUCCCUUGCUACCUUUAAAUGCACCGUCAGUCCCCCCGACGCAGCCCAACCCGUGCCAGGGAAUGGAGCUUCUCAGUGAGGUGGCUGACCUGGAGCUACAACAGAAAAGGCACCGCAGUGGGGAAAGUCAAGAGGAAGAGUCGCUGAUGUUUGACCUCCACAGCCUCGCCACUCUGGCGACCGCCCGAUCGCUGGAAACAAGUUCACAGAAAGACAACGCCGUUUGUCCCGACCGUCAGUUUCCAGUCCGCAAAACCUUCAACUUGCGUCGAAAAUGCAGCUGGACGCCCCGAAACGAACCGGUGUGCCAAGCUAAAGGCAGUAUGGAAACAAUGGACGGUCCCGAGCUGGAGAUGCGCGUCAAGUUGGCCGAGCUUCAGCGCCACUACAAAGAGAAGCAGAGGGAGCUAGUGAAGCUACAAAGGAGGCACGAUCACCAAAAAGAGGAAACGCCACGGAGCCCGGCACGAAGGGGGCCGGGACGACCCAGGAAGAAGAAGCAGCCCAUCCUGGCCGCCGGCUCGGUGUCAUCAGAAUGCCAAAGAAAAGUCAAGCCGAUGGUGGCGGGGCAUUCCCUGACGCCCGAGGAGCUCGGAGGGGGAGGAGACGGCCAAAGAAGGAAGAAGAGGCCGUCCAGUCGAGGCUUGGAGCACCUUGGCAACACCCAGAUAAAAGCGCAAGUUUGCAGGAAAAGUACUCCUCAAGGCGUCCCGGUUUCGAAGCUACCCUCCGACGUAGCGCAGCUCAAACACAAGAGCCAAGGUAAAAAGAUUCUCUCAGGGAUGCGCCACAGGGACGAGGAGGUUUCGCCGAGCAACUCGAAGCACGGACACGGAAGCCAGGCCGGCAGGCGAGACAGCGAUACAGCAGGUAGCGUGGACAGCGGCCCCCAAGAGAGUUGGGCCGGAGACGCGCACCGCAAAGCUAAAAAAGGGACACGCGAGUCCGCUCAUCACAGCAAGACGGCGGCGAGGGCUCACCGCGGACAGAGACGGGAGUCACUGGGAGACAGUUCCAAUCUUGAGAGUGAUUCCUCGGAUCAAGCAGAAGAGGAAGAGGAAGGCAGUAAUGAUAGCGACGAAGGUCAAGACCUCCGAGCCCACCCGGCAAAAGACGUGAGCUCCAGCUCUUCCGUGACGGGCCCCAGUCCUUCGUCAAUCGUGAAACUAGAGGCCAAUCAAAAAGCCAGGAACAAAAAACAGAGACAGGAGCUUUACGGCUCCCAUAGCCUUUCUGGCGCAGAAGGCGAGGUCAAAGUACGAAAGAAGAACCCCCGUCGGCCCGGCGCUGUCAAAAGCCGCCGCGAAGACCGUGGCGCAGAGGGGCUCAAGAGACCGCGCGCGCCAAGGUACAAGGAACCUCGAUGGGGAAGCAACAGAAACAACCGAUUCCGAUGGAGCGCGGGGAUGCCCAACUUUCCGACAACGAGCGAGAGGUUGAAGAGGGCCACGCGUAAAAACACCAUGUUGAGGGGAACAUAUAACAAGAUCCGCCCCUGCGUAUCAGGGCAGAAGACAUUUGAAAUUAAUUACAAUAUUUAUCUCAUCAUUGACGGGCAGACUAAAGGUCGAGCCGUUAGUCGUCUUCUAGAAAGCUUCGCGGCAGACGAGGGCUUUCAGAUGGAUGGCAGCAGCUUCUCGGAAGAGGAGGAGGACGACAAAAGUGAUUCGUGCAGCAAGAACCCUGAAGUCCCGAAUUGUGUCUUGACCAAAGAACUCUUAGCGGAUGGACUGAAGAUCCUGGUCUCGAAGGAAGAUGAGCUACUAUACGCUGCCAAGAUCCACACCAUGGAUUUCCCAGAUAUAUAUAGUGUCACCAUUGAUGGGGAAAGAGGAAACCGUGCAAAAAUCUAUUCACUGGAGCAGUUGCUUCGGGAAGCUGUCCUGGACGUACGUCCCGAGUCGGAGGCUAUGCUAAAAGACGGAACCCGGGUGUGCGCUUAUUGGAGCGAACGCUCACGGUGCUUGUACCCUGGCUAUGUUCGUAGAGGACUUGCAACUGAUGAGACGAAGCCAGGGGUAAUGGUAGAGUUUGACGACGGAGACAGGGGGAAGAUUUCUGUACCAAACAUCCGCCUGCUUCCGCCAGGAUAUCAAAUACACUGUGAGGAGACAUCUCCCGCUAUGUUUGUACCCACUGGAAGUCAGCUCAACAAAGCCACGAGUUUCAAUCAUGCACUCAACUCUAUCAAUCCUGACAAAACCAACCAACCAUUAACUCUUACAAAACGAAGACCAGGGCGACCAAAAGGAUCUGGAAAAAAGCAAAAGCAACAACAGCUGGCUGAAAACACCAAUAAAAAUUCUUCCCCAUUUUUGGCGUGGCCUUCAUUGAUCGGCGCCAGGAAGAGGACACCUCACAAUCUAUUCCAGCUCAACGGGACGCCGAAAAAGGCAGCGAAAUUGAGGGAAGACGACUCAUUUGCCUUAGCUCGGAUCCAACCGCUUGCUUCCACCCAAUCCAAAGGGCUUUUCAGCAGUAGCUCCUUUGAGGUGGACUCCUUUAGUAGCAUUGCAAACGGCUACUCCUCCUUCUGUACUAAGUCCACGGGAUCGCGUCCGGAUUUGUCCGUCGCUCCUAAAAGUGGGCUUUGCGGACAGAGACGAAGACAAGACGAGUCGGUGGUAUCGAGGAGCAAAAAGUCGGGACAAGAGUUUCUGGUCAAGUUGGAUCACGAAGGAGUGACAUCCCCAAAGACCAAGAACAGCAAAGCUCUAUUGCUGAGAGGCGGCUCCAGUGUUAUACCCAAGACGGAAGCUUAUUCCCAUCCGGUCCUUCUUGUGAAAGACAACAAAAAGGCUGACAACUCCAGGGUGGAACUUCUACUGAAAGGAAGCGCACCGCAAAGAAAGCUUUCCCCAUCAUUGCAUCCUGGAGAUUACGCAGACUUGGGCUUCAGUUCGCACCGAGUCUGUCAUAGCUCCUACUCUGAUCUGGAUGACGAAGAGGACGAAGAGCAAGAGAGGAAAAGAGCUGCGAUUUCGUUAGCUUCGGGGGGUCUGAGGACAGCCGGCCAUUUCCUCUCUCAUCUCUCCGCUUCGUCCUCGUCCUCCGGUUCGUCCAGUUCCUCUUCCUCCGGCUCAAUAUCGAGCUCAAGCCUGUGUUCCUCUGACAACGACUCCUCCUACAGCUCAGAAGAUGAGGAAAGUUCUUCGCUAAUGUUGCAGAAUUGUAUGUCUUCUCACCGAGGACUACUGCGACCCGGAGAUGCUUCCACUUCCUCACGGCAACAUUCGUAUGUGGCUAAAGCCUUGGCUGUUAACAAUACCAAAGGACUGCCUAACCAGCACGUCUCCAACAGUAAAUCUCUAAAGAGGAAAGAGUGCAGCGCUUCCAUUUCCAAAUCAUCCAGAGAAUUUGCGAAGAAACCCAGAAUGCUGCCGGAUGGCGUCUCGUAUAUUCCGAGACCCAAGAUGUCCACAUUCCUUGCGGGACGCCAGACGUGGAGGUGGUCUGGCAGCCCUACGCAGAGGCGAGGUUUAAAAGGUAAGGCCAAGAAACUGUUCUACAAGGCCAUCGUGAGGGGAAAAGAAGCAGUGAAAGUGGGGGACUGUGCCGUGUUCCUAUCCGCCGGACGCCCUAACCUACCGUACGUUGGUAAAAUCGAAAACUUUUGGGAGUCUUGGACCUCUAGCAUGGUGGUCAAAGUCAAGUGGUUCUACCACCCUGAAGAGACCAAGCAAGGGAAGAGACUGCGAGAUGGCAAGCACGCCCUGUACCAGUCAUGUCACGAGGACGAAAACGAUGUCCAGACAAUCUCGCACAAGUGCCGGGUGGUGAGUCGGGAGGAAUACGAGAGUCUGACGUGCAAUCAGAAGCCCGCCGGUAUUUCUCCGGACCUCUAUUACCUGGCCGGGACAUACGACCCCACCACUGGUCAGCUGGUCACCGCUGAAGGGGUUUCCAUCCUAUGUUGA